AUGGGCCUCAACUCGUCGAAGCUAUCCAGAUCAACCGCAACUGCCCUGGCUCAGAAGAAUGUGAAGCCGCCACCUACGAAAGCGGGCACUAGUGGAGUGAGCUUCACAAAGACCAAUGAAAUCAAGCAAGAUGGCUUUGAUCCCCAUCUCGGUCAGAUGCUGAACAAAUUAGGUCCGGUCCAAGUACCCAAGCUAUCAACGAUUUUCCAUCCAAAAGACAAUAUGUUGAAGAUCCUAGAGAACCGAGGAAAGGAUUCGUCAGAUCAAACAAAUGAACAGGAUUUGUCUUCACCCUCGGCCGUGAAUUCGGCGAGAAAACAUGAGACAAGAUUGGAUUUGCGGACGAUCGAGGAGGUGAUCAGACGACAUCACAUUAACCAAGGAAGAAUCGAUCCAUCACAUUCUAAUCUCGACCGGGAAGGCCAAGAAGAACUAGAAAAUCUAACGAAAACAAUCAAGCCAGAAACUUAUCAGUAUUUGAUUCAACAUUUCCAUCCGAUCGAUAAUAUCAAAUUGGUCAAGAAUCCAAAUCCAAACCAACUCGACCAACCAAUCAAAAUGGCUUUUUGGUCCCAACCAACCAAGCCUUCACAGCCAAUGUAA